AUGAAGAAAAAAUUAAAAUUAAUGAUGCGUAAUUUAGGAACAUAUGAUAUUUGUAAUAAUUAUCUUAAAAAUCUUGAAGAAGAUACAUUUUUAAAUUUAUAUUUUCUGGAAUGGUUGUAUUAUUUUCUUCAAGUAUACGAAAAUAAAGGUGAUAUUUCUACAUGCCCAAUGAAAAUCUUAGAUUAUAGUAAAUAUUUAAUAUCUCUCUCAGAAUGUAAUAAGCUGUAUAAUAAUAGUUUCUGUGAUAUUAUCAAUGAAUUGCAAAGUAGUAAAAGUGAUUAUAUGGUGUUUAUAUCUAAAUGUCUGAAAGAUGCUGAACCCUUGGCUAUGAGCACUGAAAAAAGUACAAUACGAGUUGUUUUAGCGACACUUAUUGUAUUAUUUAAAAUAUUAAUAACUGUAUUUAUUUUUUAUAAAGUUAAACAUACAAAUAAUUUUAAAAAAGACAGUGAAUUACAUUAUUUUAAUUAUUUUAGAUUAUAUUUACAACGAAUAUUAAGGAAUAUAAGAAGACUGUGGUUUGACAAUUAUAAUGACUAUUACAUAUUAAAGGAUAACUUUGAAAUGGAAUACAAAAAUUCAAUUCAAAAUGAAUACAAACUAACAUAUACCUCACUAGGUGAUUAA